AUGUCAUAUAAGAAACGAGCUGAAGCUUUGACAUUCCCAAAAUCAAAUCGACCUCAAACAGGGGAAGAAAUGUCAUCUAUGUUAAGUUAUAGAGAUAGUGGCAUUCUUCUAUUAUCAUUGACACAGUCUAGACAAGCUUGGACAAGCUCUAUUCUUAAAAAAUUUUCGUCAAAGAAUGAAAUUUUUUUUAAGCCAGAUUUACCUGAAAAUACUAAUUCUAAUGCAGUUGUUACACUUCUUGGGAAAUUUACUUUAACAAUAGGUCCGCAUACUUUUUAUGACACAAAAUUUUACAAGGCCAUAUAUGAAAAAGAAAAUAUAGAAAUACAAAGCAAUGUGACAACUCAAUUAACAUCUCCACAAACUGGACCACAAAUCUUACCAAACUCUGUAUCUCAUGCUAUCUCACAUCCUAUAAUGCAAACAGUUCCACAAGCUAAGAAUCAACAUACAAUACAGUUACCAAGGCAAACAACACAAUACAUGUCUCAACCAAAUACACAAUCAUCAUCACAACAGGUACAACCUUCUAUACAACCUCGUAUAUCUCAAAGCUCUUCAUCUACCCAAUCUCAAGCACAAAUACAACCUCUUCAAUCACGAGUUCCAUUGUCACGGUUACCUUCUAGACAAAUACAGCCAGUAACUAUAAAUACACCCACUGUAACUUCAUUAUCAACAACACCUCUACCAUCAAUAAUGACAUCAUCAUCACAAUCAACAAAAAUUCCAUCACAAGCAUCUUUGAAUACAAAUAGUUUUGUGGGUUCAUCAUCCACUUUAACUUCUGAAAAAACAGUUUCAGUUCAGAAUGAGUUUCGAAAUAAACAACAAAACUAUUAUAGAGAAGUAGAAGUAAUUGUGCCGUUGCAAGUAGCUAUAGGAUAA